UAAGACUUCUGAUGCGUUGUUCAGUUGUAGCGCUGUAAUCAUAGAAUGUCAACUUUUCUAUCUGGCGUCAUAUCCGCUGUAAUGCUUUUAAAUGGCUUGUGGUUAUGUAACCGGGUAGCCGCAAUCAACGAUUUCACUUUCGUUUUUGAAUGUGCGAACCCUUCCACUCCUCCGAAGGCUAUGUUUAAUGAGGUUGUUAGGAUAUCUAACCACCAUUGUGAUUUCUGGAAAAUCAAUGAACCUACAAAUCCGAAUGAUCCCCGGUACCAAAUUUAUUACACGUGCAGGGAGAAGGGGGCCAACUGCCGUACCGUGGCGCCUUGGCCGCGCUGCGAUCUGCAGAGCGAAUGCAGCUGCUGCAGGUCCACCUUUGCUGGAGCUAUGUGCCAGUACGAUCUGUAUUCCAUGAAACGCUUGUUUAGCUGUACACCCCUCUUUGAUGAAAUGAACAUGCGAGAACCGAUCGAGCAAGUAGACGAAUCCGACCAUGCUUUCCAAGUGACUACCGACCCACUUCCCACUCCUCAAACGUCAGUAACAGACCGACCGUACUGUAACGACGGCGCACUAAACAUGAUCAUCCAUCCCUGCUGCGUGGCGCCGCUCAUGCUGGUAGUCGAAAAGGCGGAGUGUAAGCAAAAGGUCCUCUGCGGAAGCCGUCGAGAAGUGGGUGCGGCGUUCAAAUUAGCGGGGGAAGAUGACACCACUAUCGGUCCGUGGACGGGGCUGCUCCGCGACGCCUGGGACAGGCUGUCCACAUGGCAGAAAUCUGUCCUGAACAGAGUGAGGAACAAGCUGGAUGCCUGCAUGAAUAUGACCAGCGGUAACGAGGAUCAGUGCGGUCGGUGUAAAGCACAGGUGGGAACGGUGGGACUGCACGAGAUGGGGUACAAAAUAGCGGUGUGGUAAACAUGGAGGCGGUGUACCCAGUUUCGCGGAUUCUGUCUAAAGAUACGAUGACACGCCCUGGCUGAAAAGAGGCCAUCCUUUGCCACGCGCUUUUCAUUGCUCGGCAGUUGUUUUGCAAUGCGCUGCAUCCUUUUCAAAUGA